AUGUCUUCAGACACCGCUCAAGUCAGUUCUUUGCCAUUACCACCAAUGCAGUACAUAAACUUUUAUACUGACGAAAAUGUAAGAAGAAAUAGAGCUCCCUUGCCACCUCGUCCGAUACACGACUCUUACUCAAUGUUCGGGCAUGCAUUUAAUGCGGAUGAUACGAUAAUCAGAUCUUUAGAAAGUCAAGGUUUUCGUCGACUAUACCCAAUGCAUUUUGAAAGACGUCGAGAACUAAAGAAAUUAAAUCACUCGUUAUUAGUUAACUUUUUAGAUCUUUUAGAUUUACUAGUUCAUUGUCCUGAUUCGCCGAAAAGAGCCGAAAAAGUAGAAGAUCUGAGUUUAUUGUUUAUUCAUAUUCAUCAUUUACUAAAUGAAUUUAGACCACAUCAAGCUAGAGAGACAUUAAGAGUCAUGAUGGAGCUUCAAAAAAGGCAGCGUGUAGAAACUGCUAUGCGCUUCCAGAAACACUUAGACAAAGUACAAGACAUUUUACAAAAUGCACUCCAAAGUUUACCUGACCAGAAUGAAAUUGAAUCUAACUUCAAGGUGCCAACAGAUAUACUAGAUCAAAUGGAAUGCAAUCCCAUGGACAGUACUAAUUCAGAUUCUUGUUACGAACUUGACCGUAUUAUGUGUAAUGUUAUUGAUAAUAUGAGG